UUCAAGUGAAAGGUUGCACAUGGACUGUUGUUCUGAGAAAGCUCUGUCUAUUUGCUCCUCAUAUUUGAAGAGUAUCUCUGCGUUUUGGUUUAAAGAACUCUCUUUUGUGACAAAUUAUGCUGCCUUCUGGGUGAUCUUCUAUUUCUUCUAGAUGAUCAUAUGAAGACUACCCCUGAACAUCAAUGUUUCUUGUUAGGUAGCAUUCUACAUUUCCCAUCUUGUUCUGAGUCCAGGAAGGAAAUGCGAUAUAGGUAACCUUGAAUUGGAUAUACCUCAUUUUUAUCUCUGCAAAAUCUAUUGGACAUGUUUUCAUGCCUGAUGAAAGGAAGGAUUUUGUGGGUUUGAUAAGGGUUUGCCUUAAGUGAUUUCCUGACAGGAGCUAAAACUGGCCAGAAGUCAGUCAAAGACUCAUUUCAAGCGAAUGAAGAUGGAGUAAGAAUGAAGUGUUUGACAGAUCUUGAUGAUGUUGAGAAGAUCAUAGGAUACAAAUUUAUCAAUAAGACCUUACUUAAUCAGGCCUUUACACAUCCAUCAUAUAACAAGGGUUGUGCAUCGUAUGAGCGGCUUGAGUACGUGGGUGAUUCAGUGCUUAAUCUAUUAAUAGCAAAACAGCAAUUUUCUCUUUAUCCUGAUCUUCCACCUGGAUGUUUGACCCCACUUCGUGCUGCAAAUGUUGACACAGAGAAGCUUGCACGUGUGGCUGUCAAGCAUAAUUUACAUAAAUAUUUACGUCAUGGGAAGCCGGCUCUUGAGAGACGAAUUCAAAGAUUUAUGGAGGUGCUUCCGAAAUAUCCUUUGCAUUCCCAUGGGUUGAUUGAUGCUCCAAAAGUGCUAGCUGAUGUUGUUGAAUCGACAAUAGGAGCUGUGUUCAUUGACAGCAAUACUUGUAUAGACACUACAUGGGAGGUAACCAGCAUUUUACUGGACCCAAUAAUCACACCAGAGAUGCUCCAGAUUAACCCUGUGAAGAAACUGUAUGAGCUGUGCCAGAAGUAUAAACUUACUGUUCGACUUGUGGAUCUUUGGUCUAAAGAAGGAGCCUUUGAGGUUUUUGUUAACAACCAUCUCAGAGGAAGAGGUCAUUGCCAUGCAAAGAAGGAAAUUGCAUUGAACAGAGCAGCAAAUGCUGCAUAUAAUGAGGUCCUUAGAAUCUUGAGGGUAGAAGAUAUUAACACGGUGUAGCAGGUAGGUAGAUUCUCAAAAAAUCUGUGCAUAAAAACUUCUCAAUCAUCUUCGGCACAAAAGGGAUUAACAGGGGUGGUAGCAGCUAGGUAGAUGCUCACAAAAUCUGGUUGUAAAACUUCUCAUUCUCCUUUUAGUCAGUUUGUACUAAAAGUUAUCGAGUAAAUUUUAUAUACACUGACAGUGUAUACACUAUUAUCAUUGGAUUCAUGAUAUGUGUAUAAAAGUUGAAUUUCAAAUUCAAAUUU